GUUUGAGCGGAGUAUGGGGACAGGGCUGUUUUGGACCAAACUGUGAGGGAGGAACAGGUGCCAGCAGUAGCCUCAAAGCUUGCGUGGAGCUUCACUUGGCUCUUCUCCCUUCCACAGGUGAUGGUGACAAAUGUCACUUCCUUGCUGAAGACAGUGAAGGCUGUUGAGGACGAGGCCACUAAGGGGACACGGGCACUGGAGGCCACAAUAGAGCACAUACGCCAGGAGCUGGCAGUCUUCUCCUCCCCUGUGCCUCCUGCCAAGGUCUCCACCCCGGAAGACUUCAUCCGUAUGACAAAAGGCAUCACGAUGGCCACAGCCAAAGCGGUGGCUGCUGGCAACUCCUGUCGGCAGGAGGAUGUCAUUGCCACAGCCAACCUGAGCCGCCGUGCCAUCGCGGAUAUGCUGCGCGCCUGCAAGGAAGCCGCCUACCACCCGGAGGUGAGUGGGGAUGUGCGGCAGCGGGCGCUGCGCUUCGGCAAGGAGUGUGCCAAUGGCUACCUAGAGCUGCUGGAGCAUGUGCUGGUGGUGAGUGUCCCUGCCCUGGUUCCCAGGGAGCGGAUGGGCAGGCGGCAGUCUGUGCGGUGA